GUCUCAUGGUCAUGGGGCUGUGGGUCAGGGUGCGCUGCAACAGAACUGGCUCCAGAUCAGUGAGUAGUAGGGAUGACAUGUCUCAUGGUCAUGGGGCUGUGGGUCAGGGUGCGCUGCAACAGAACUGGCUCCAGAUCAGUGAACGUGUCUGUGGAAGUUUUCAUUGAAAAUGUGAACGAUAAUCCUCCAAACUUCGCUCAGAGUCAUUACGUUCUCCAGGUGAACGAGCUGACUCCUGUGAACACCAGUGUUGGUCGGAUAGAGGCCACAGACAUUGACUCUGAGCCACUGUACUAUCGUUUAGAGUCAGCCACGAACAGGUAUCUACGACUGGAGAAUGCCAACACCCCCAACAUACUGGUGCAAAACAUCAUCGACUACGACUCCGUCCAAAAGAUCUCCCUGGUCUUACAUGUACAGGACACGUAUAACGUUUCUGAGUCCGGCGAGCCUUCGUUCACUGCCGUGGUGACCAUCACGGUUAACGUGAAGGACGUUGACAACCGUCCACCGUGGUUCCAGCCCUGUGUCAGAACCAACCUGGGGAUAGCCAAACUGUGUGUCAGCUCCGGCUACAAGGCAAAGGUCAACCUCACAGAGAAAGAGGACGGUGCUCUAUCUCUGGAGCCUGGUCCGUUAUACGCCAAGGAUGGAGACAGAAACAGGAGUGAGAUGAUCAACUACAGGAUACUUAGAGGGAAUGAAGGCAGCAUCUUCCAGAUCGAUGAGGAGACGGGAAACAUCUCCAUGGCCAAAGCGGCAGACAUAGCAGGCCCAAUAACCCUCACUGUCCUGGCCUCCCAGGUUACCAACAGGGACCAGUUUGCGGUGACUCAGGUCACCAUCGAGGUGCUGAGGAAGAGCAGGAACCCUCCGCGGUUUGAGAAGGAGCGUUAUGAAGGUUACAUCUACAGUAACUCAGUCCCAGAGACCAUGAUCCUACGAGACAGAACCUCCAACAGACCCUUCACGGUCAGGGCCAGAGACGAGGACUUUGCCACCGGUGUAAACCCAGACAUAAGAUAUGAGGUGCAGUACAGCAGUUAUGUCAACGUGACAAACGAAGGAUUUGUUCUUCUGAAGAGGAUCGUGAAGACAGAGUCCUUCGCUCUCCAGAUUCGUGCUAUGGACCCGUCUACAGGGGAGUUUGGUACAGCGGCCCUCUCUGUCCUGGUUAUACCAGCUGUGGCGGUUCCUUUGCCCUCGGGGGCAGGGUACCGGGCGGGGGACAUGGCUCUUCUGGGAUUGGUCAUGGCAGCCAUCUUGGUUCUCUGCUUCAUCGUGAUUGGCUUCCUGAUCUCCCGCCUGAAGAAAGGAGGCGCCAACCUGGAUAAGAUAACUGAGUGUCUGGCUCCAUGUCUGAAGAUGACAAGGCCCCAAGGGAGACCCAAAGACACCUUGCAGUACACCAACGAUGGCUACCAGGGUACCGAGGGUGAUGCCCUGCGCUGCAGACCCAGACGCCCAGAGCCGGUAGACAAGAGGGGCCGAGGUGCUACCGUCCCUGGGGACAGAGGCAGAGCCAUCCCCCUGGAGCGACGCCGGAGCGACCGCCAUUGUGGCUUCUGCGGCCUGUACGCCAACCACAACGCCAAGCCCAGCCCGGCCUGCAGCCCUGCUAUGGGGGGUGGGAGAGUAGAAGGAGGAGACAAGGACGGGGUGAGGUCCAUCCUCGCCAAGGGGGGAAGGAAGGAAGGAGGGAAGUCAGUGUGGUUUAAGGAGAACGAGGAUGCGUCUGGGAUCGAGGUGGAGAUCAUCCCGGAUACUCUGGGUCAGGAAGAGGAGACUGAGGAGGAGGUGUUGGACAUGGAGGAGGUGGAGGGGGGAGACAGGAGCAUGUCUAGUCAGACAGAGAUCGAUGGUGGCCAUGGGAACCAGGAGAGCCAUGGAGAGUCUGAUUCAGCUGCUAAAGAGGAAAAAGAGAAGGAGGGUUGAGAGGAUAUCUGGGUUAUAUUCUAUAGGGAGAGGAUAUCUGGGUUAUAUUCAAUAGGGAGAGGAUAUCUAGGUUAUAUUCAAUAGGGAGAGGAUAUCUGGGUUAUAUUCUAUAGGGAGAGGAUAUCUGGGUUAUAUUCUAUAGGGAGAUGAUAUCUGGGUUAUAUUCUAUAGGGAGAUGAUAUAUGGGUUAUAUUCUAUAGGGAGAUGAUAUCUGGGUUAUAUUCUAUAGGCAGGAGGAUAUCUGGGUUAUAUUCCAAAGGGAGAGGAUAUCUAGGUUAUAGUCUAUAGGGAGAGGAUAUCUGGGUUAUAUUCUACAGGGAGAGGAUAUCUGGGUUAUAUUCUAUAGGGAGAGGAUAUCUGGGUUAUAUUCUAUAGGGAGAGGAUAUCUGGGUUAUAUUCUAUAGGCAGGAGGAUAUCUGGGUUAUAUUCUAUAGGGAGAGGAUAUCUGGGUUAUUUCCAAUAGGGAGAGGAUAUCUGGGUGAAUUCAAUAGGGAGAGGAUAUCUGGGUUAUAUUCUAUAGGGAGAGGAUAUCUGGGUUAUAUUCUAUAGGGAGAUGAUAUCUGGGUUACAGUCUAUGGGGAGAGGAUAUCUGGGUUAUAUUCUAUAGGGAGAGGAUAUCUGGGUUAUAUUCUAUAGGCAGGAGGAUAUCUGGGUUAUAUUCUAUAGGGAGAGGAUAUCUGGGUUAUAUUCUAUAGGGAGAGGAUAUCUGGGUUAUAUUCUAUAGGCAGGAGGAUAUCUGGGUUAUAGUCUAUAGGGAGAGGAUAUCUGGGUUAUAUUCUAUAGGGAGAUGAUAUCUGGGUUAUUUCCAAUAGGGAGAGGAUAUCUGGGUGAAUUCAAUAGGGAGAGGAUAUCUGGGUUAUAUUCUAUAGGGAGAGGAUAUCUGGGUUAUAUUCUAUAGGGAGAGGAUAUCUGGGUUAUAGUCUAUAGGGAGAGGAUAUCUGGGUUAUAUUCUAUAGGGAGAGGAUAUCUGGGUUAUAUUCUAUAGGGAGAUGAUAUCUGGGUUAUAUUCUAUAGGGAGAUGAUAUCUGGGUUAUAUUCUAUAGGCAGGAGGGUAUCUGGGUUAUAGUCUAUAGGGAGAGGAUAUCUAGGUUAUAUUCUAUAGGGAGAGGAUAUCUAGGUUAUAGUCUAUAGGGAGAGGAUAUCUAGGUUAUAUUCUAUAGGGAGAGGAUAUCUGGGUUAUAUUCUAUAGGGAGAAGAUAUCUGGGUUAUAUUCUAUAGGGAGAGGAUAUCUGGGUUAUAUUCUAUAGGGAGAUGAUAUCUGGGUUAUUUCCAAUAGGGAGAGGAUAUCUGGGUGAAUUCAAUAGGGAGAGGAUAUCUGGGUUAUAUUCUAUAGGGAGAGGAUAUCUGGGUGAAUUCAAUAGGGAGAGGAUAUCUGGGUUAUAUUCUAUAGGGAGAGGAUAUCUGGGUUAAAUUCUAUAGGGAGAUGAUAUCUGGGUUACAGUCUAUGGGGAGAGGAUAUCUGGGUUAUAUUCUAUAGGGAGAGGAUAUCUGGGUUAUAUUCUAUAGGCAGGAGGAUAUCUGGGUUAUAUUCUAUAGGGAGAGGAUAUCUGGGUUAUAUUCUAUAGGGAGAGGAUAUCUGGGUUAUAUUCUAUAGGCAGGAGGAUAUCUGGGUUAUAGUCUAUAGGGAGAGGAUAUCUGGGUUAUAUUCUAUAGGGAGAUGAUAUCUGGGUUAUGUCCAAUAGGGAGAGGAUAUCUGGGUGAAUUCAAUAGGGAGAGGAUAUCUGGGUUAUAUUCUAUAGGGAGAGGAUAUCUGGGUUAUAUUCUAUAGGGAGAGGAUAUCUGGGUUAUAUUCUAUAGGCAGGAGGAUAUCAGGAGGAUAUAUUACCUAGUCUAUAGGGAGAGGAUAUCUGGGUUAUAUUCUAUGGGGAGAGGAUAUCUGGGUUAUAGUCUAUAGGCAGGAGGAUAUCUGGGUUAUAGUCUAUAGGGAGAGGAUAUCUAGGUUAUAUUCUAUAGGGAGAGGAUAUCUAGGUUAUAGUCUAUAGGGAGAGGAUAUCUAGGUUAUAUUCUAUAGGGAGAGGAUAUCUGGGUUAUAUUCUAUAGGGAGAAGAUAUCUGGGUUAUAUUCUAUAGGGAGAGGAUAUCUGGGUUAUAUUCUAUAGGGAGAUGAUAUCUGGGUUAUUUCCAAUAGGGAGAGGAUAUCUGGGUGAAUUCAAUAGGGAGAGGAUAUCUGGGUUAUAUUCUAUAGGGAGAGGAUAUCUGGGUGAAUUCAAUAGGGAGAGGAUAUCUGGGUUAUAUUCUAUAGGGAGAGGAUAUCUGGGUUAUAUUCUAUAGGGAGAUGAUAUCUGGGUUACAGUCUAUGGGGAGAGGAUAUCUGGGUUAUAUUCUAUAGGGAGAGGAUAUCUGGGUUAUAUUCUAUAGGCAGGAGGAUAUCUGGGUUAUAUUCUAUAGGGAGAGGAUAUCUGGAUUAUAUUCUAUAGGGAGAGGAUAUCUGGGUUAUAUUCUAUAGGCAGGAGGAUAUCUGGGUUAUAGUCUAUAGGGAGAGGAUAUCUGGGUUAUAUUCUAUAGGGAGAUGAUAUCUGGGUUAUGUCCAAUAGGGAGAGGAUAUCUGGGUGAAUUCAAUAGGGAGAGGAUAUCUGGGUUAUAUUCUAUAGGGAGAGGAUAUCUGGGUUAUAUUCUAUAGGGAGAUGAUAUCUGGGUUAUAUUCUAUAGGGAGAGGAUAUCUGGGUUAUAUUCUAUAGGGAGAGGAUAUCUGGGUUAUAUUCUAUAGGCAGGAGGAUAUCAGGAGGAUAUAUUACCUAGUCUAUAGGGAGAGGAUAUCUGGGUUAUAUUCUAUGGGGAGAGGAUAUCUGGGUUAUAGUCUAUAGGCAGGAGGAUAUCUGGGUUAUAGUCUAUAGGCAGGAGGAUAUCUAGGUUAUAUUCUAUAGGGAGAGGAUAUCUAGGUUAUAGUCUAUAGGGAGAGGAUAUCUGGGUUAUAUUAUAUAGGGAGAGGAUAUCUGUGUUAAAGGCACAGAACAGAAGAAAACAGAGUAAAACAGGAAGGUAUCUGAAGAUGUCCAGUACGAACUGCCCGCUCUGAAGAACAUACCCCAGCCGGGAAGAGAAAUGGAGUUUCCAUCAUCAUGGGAAAACCUGCUUAUGGUGAUCCCAGAGUGGGAUUCUGGAACAUGGACAUGAGUUCACACAGAUUGGAGGGAAUUACCCGUUUUGGAUAAGUGUGUGUCUACAUCAUGUGGCUUCCAUCACACUAUGGGGAGAUGUUCCUUUCAAUAUAUUGUGAUUUAUUCAAUAUAUAAAGACAAUUUCCAUGAAGUACCACAAGAAGGGGAUCAAGUUGGAUACAAUACUUUUUAACUUGGUAUCUUUUAAUGAUCGUUCCGAGAGCGAAUCCAUCAAGUCCUUGGGAAAGAUUUUAUGAGUUUUACUAAUGAGGGAAAAAAACAAAUACUAUUUAAAAUGUGGACAUAUGUUUUUUUUUACCACAGAAAAAAGUUUGGACGGAGAACACAUCUCCUGAAUACUAAACAAAUGGAGGACGUGUGUAUUUUUAUUUACGUCGUUAGAAAAUAAAACAGUAUGAAAUGUAAUGUAAUAACCUUA